AUGUCAGCGCUACAAAACCGAUGCCAAACGCUCGCUGCAUCUAUUCUCAAAGAGAUGACAAUCUUUGAUACGAAGCGUCUAGAAGAAAAGGACGACACAAAGCAAGAAGAAGAAGAAGACGUUCGAGCGCACGUGUUGCGCGCCUGCAAAGUCGUCGAGCACGAAUCGACCAAAAUCGGCGUGCUUUUUAGCAAACAAGGAGAAGUGUUGAGAGAGGAGGUCUCGAAUUCCGCGCUGGACAGUUUUCACGUCUCUUUGAUCGCGUUUACGGCGUACGUGAACGCAGCUUUGGUGAACGAAAAUUACGACAUUGAUUGUCACAGAAAACAGGUGAAAUCGCUCGGCGAAGCGGUGUUGCGAGCGAGCGCGAGUUUAAUCGAGGCGGUUGGGAAGAGGAAAGAGAACGUGAGAAACUUAACCGCGAGUGUUUGGGAGCAGUGUAAAUCCGCGGAGAAGACGAUGCCGAGAGAUGGGAAAGAUGCAGUCGGGAAGGCUUUGAUGACGCACUGUCGAUUUAUUAAAGAUGCGAAGCGGGAGAUCGAAGAGAUGCUGCUGACGGAGGGAGAAGAGGGAUUCAAGAAGGAGGAUGGAGAGAAAGUGGAGGAUGAUUUCGGGGAGGAGAUCGUGCGCGAGGAGAUUAAGGUGGUGGACAGAGAGGUUUUAGGGAAGGCGAAGGUUACGAUUGAGUGCACGUUUGCAUUCUUGAAAGCGUUGGUGGUUCCGUUGAUUAGUAAUAGCAAGGCGAGUAAUUUUAGCAAAAGUAGAAAAGAGCGCGCGACGGCGCUGAAUGAAAUCGAGAAGAAGUGCAAGGAAAUGCGAAGUGCGGUGGACGAAAUCAUAUGCGAAGCGAUGCCGCCUUCGGAUGCGGAUGUGCUCGCGUCCGAGGCGAAGAAAUUAAAAGACGCGGCGGAGGACAUGAUGAAACGGGUCGAGGAGGUCCUGACAGGUCGCGACGACACCAAGGACGACGAUGGAAUGAAUCACGUCGAUGCAGCGAAGAAGGCUUUAGCGGGCGUACAAUCUGCGUGUGAUAAAAUGUAA